UUCUUUUUUUUUUGUAUAAAAUGCUUGCAUUGUAUUUUUCAGAUGUAUUUCAAUUUUUUUUGUGGAGUUCCAGACAUACUUCACUCAGGAUUAUGCACAAACGGCUUGGAUCCAUUCCAUUGUAGAUUGUGUGACCAUGCUCUGUGCUCCUCUUGGGAGUGUUGUCAGUAACCACUUAUCCUGUCAAGUGGGAAUCAUGCUGGGUGGCUUGCUUGCAUCUACUGGUCUCAUCCUGGGCUCAUUUGCCACCAGUCUGAAGCAUCUCUACCUCACUCUGGGAGUUCUUACAGGCCUUGGGUUUGCACUGUGUUACUCCCCAGCGAUUGCAAUGGUCGGCAAGUAUUUUAGCAGACGGAAAGCCCUGGCUUAUGGGAUCGCCAUGUCCGGAAGCGGCAUUGGCACCUUCAUUCUGGCUCCUGUGGUUCAGCUCCUUAUUGAACAGUUUUCCUGGCGGGGAGCCUUACUCAUCCUCGGGGGCUUCGUUCUGAAUCUCUGUGUUUGCGGUGCCUUGAUGCGGCCUAUUACUCUGAAAGAGGACCAGACAACCCCAGAGCAGAACCACAUCGGUAGAACUCAGAAACAAGACUUUAAGCGAGUGUCUCCCUGCUCCACUUUGACUAAAAAAUGGGUGCAUACCUGCCUCGGUUGCUCUUUGCAGCAGGAAUACAGCUUUUUACUGAUGUCGGACUUCGUCGUGUUAGCCAUCUCUGUUCUCUUUAUGGCUUAUGGCUGCAGUCCCCUCUUUGUGUACUUGGUACCUUAUGCUCUGAGUGUCGGAGUGAGUCACCAGCAAGCCGCUUUCCUUAUGUCCAUACUUGGGGUGAUUGACAUUAUUGGCAAUAUCACGUUUGGAUGGCUAACUGACAGAAGGUGCCUGAAGAAUUACCGGUAUGUCUGCUACCUCUUUGCCGUGGGACUAGAUGGGCUCUGCUAUCUCUGCCUCCCAAUGCUUCAAAGUCUUCCCCUGCUCGUGCCUUUCUCUUGCACCUUUGGCUACUUCGAUGGUGCCUAUGUGACUCUGAUUCCCGUAGUGACUGCAGAAAUAGUGGGGACCACUUCUUUGUCCUCAGCGCUCGGUGUGGUAUACUUCCUUCAUGCAGUGCCGUACCUGGUGAGCCCACCCAUCGCAGGACGGCUCGUCGACAUGACUGGGAGCUACACUGCGGCAUUUCUUCUCUGUGGAUUUUCAAUGAUACUGAGUUCUGUGUUGCUUGGCUUCGCUAGACUUGUAAAGAAGAUGAGAAAAACCCAGCUGCGGUUCCUUGCCAAAGAAUCUGACCCUAAGCUGCAGCUAUGGACCAAUGGAUCGGUGGCUUACUCUGUAGCAAGAGAGUUAGAUCACAAAGAUGAGCAAUCCGUGGUUCUAACAGCACCUCGUUACAGCCCCACACGACCAAUGGCUUGAGCCUGGGAACCUUCAGGGCUGAGAGAGGGGGGACCACUGGGUUGUACGUGUCUCGGAAGCGUUUAAUUUUGACAGAAGCAUUGCUUUCCAAAGAAAUUAUUCUUAUUGUUUUAUUAACAUGUUUAUAGGGGAAAAUAGCAACAAAGCAAGCUGGACCAGCUCAGAGUUUCCUCAUUUGGGAUUUGUACUCACAAUUGAACUAUCUUUCAGGCAAUGAGCAUCACUCUAUGGAGAAUGUUAGGACACUGCUGCUAUAAUUAGCUGUAAUUAGGGGUAAUUACAAAGCAUGACCAAAGCAGAUGACAUUGGGAAGCUUUGUUGCAAACUCUCUGCCCCUCCAUCUCACUCCCUCAGUUAGAAUGUAAACAGAAACAGUGACAUGUAGAUUUGCUUACUUUAUGCUUUUUUGGAGAAAGGGGUCUGUAUUAAUCACUGCCUUUUGAGAAAUCUAAAGCAUUCUUCCACAACUCCAUGUAAAACCCUAAUGAGAAACUCCACUACGAGACAGGUUUGGCAUCUUCACCUUCCACCUCCACGGAAAGCUUUCUUCCUAAGGCUGAGCCCCUCACCUCUGAUCAGGCACUCACCUCUGUUACUAUCACAUAUAAUACUGAAUUUAACCGAAUACACCAAGUCACAAGUGUGAUUUCUAAAUCUUACCUGAAAUGUUAACACCAACACUUCCUUCUCUCUCUCUCUCUCUCUUUUUUUUUUUUCAUUAGAAACAAAGCUUUUAUUUGAAUUGUACACACAUUCCUGCUAGGAACUGAAAAAUGUUGGCAGUAUUCCAACUGGGCAGGAAUUGAAUUCUUGAAUCAGCAGGUCCUUGAUGGGAGUUUUCUUUUCAGAUCAGACAUUUUGGUUCAUCAUUACCCAAAACAGAACUUGGGAGGUUAGCCUGAAAAAUAUUCUAAAGGUGAGAUUCCUUUCUCCCUGUGUUAAUUCUUGUUCCAAUGUCCACUGCUCUUGACCUCUUUAUGGAUAAUCAUUAGAAACUUGAUGGGCCUCUUCAGCUCAGUGAGAAGGCUUCAGGGGUUCAGCUCAGCAUCAGAGCACUCUCAUUAAUUAGACCUUUGGUCAGGGGAGAGAGAAGAGAAGGUUAAGAAGGCUACUGGUGUGAUACUUUACAGUUCAUAGAACUCUUUCACAUACCUACACCCAUUGGAUUAGAAUAGUUUACUCAUUCUCAAGUACUCUGUUUUCCUAUAGUUUGGAAUAAUUUCUGACUUUCCAGAGGGAGAACACGGGAGAGAAGAGAAAGGCCAGAUCCCCCAGCUUGUCUCCAACCACUUUAAAUCCGCAGAAUGAUAGUGCUACAUCCCCAAAUCAUGUCAUACCUGUAAAUUAGGAGCAAUUACACAAUUGAAAGGGGAUUUUAACUAUUGAAAAAUUUUAAAUCUGAACCUUAAAGAAAUAUUUUGACCCUGAAAGCCAUUUAACCCACUGUCCCUCGAGAGGCCUCAAAAACACCAGCACUGAAGAAGAUCCUGGGUUGACUAAGCAUGUGUAGCAAGAGUCUUUGCCUAUAACUGGAUUAUUUCAUAAAGUUACAUAUUAAUACAUUGCUUUCAGAAUGAAAUACUGACUUGAUUUAAUGGAAGAAAGCUGUAGUAUUUCAUAGUUGUUUUCCAAAGAUAAAUUUGAAUGUUGCCUGUUAUCUUUUUACUUAAAGACUUUAGUUUAAACCCAUUUACUUUGUCACUUGCAAUUUUAAAACAAUAUUUUGGAAAAUAUCUGUAAAAAGUCAAAGUUAAAAUGAACUUAUGUGUGUUUGGAACAGCACUUUACACUGAAUGCCAUUUCUUGAAUCUUCAAGCCUAAAGACUUUUUGAAAUAUAGUUAUAAAUAUUCUUAUACAUAUUUUUUCCUAGUGAUCACAGUAAAAUUUUGUUUAUCCAGUUCUGCAAUAUAAUUUCUCUAAAGUAUUAUAAGUAUUCAUGAAAAAUGGGUAUAGAAGCCAGAGCUUUUAAAAAUUUAUAUAAAAUAUUUUGGAUAUUUUUACUGUAUACAUGCAUAAAUUUAUAUUUUACUUUCCCUUUUGGAGCAGCAUUUUUAGAAAACCAGCAAGGAAAAUGUAGAUCUUAGAGUCUACCAUUGUCAACUUCACAAAAUUUUACUGUUAAGGUUCCAAGUGCCUAUACUGUUUAUUUCAAAAGGGAGGAAUUUGUAAGAAUGAUGCAUUUUGUGGAAUCAAGAACAAAAUUGUGGUGUGAUGAUUCUACACCUUAAAUAUUACUUUAUAUCACUGCAAGUUCUACUUUGAAAUUGACUGACUAGAAAAGCAAAGAAACUAAUUUCUAUAGAUACAUUAUACCAUUGGGCCUGUUUUUCAGAUUGUGAUUUUACUAAUAGAUCAGAUAUUUAUGCUAAUAUUUUCUUAUUUCAAAAGCUUUAUAAUAAAGUGAGUUUAUAUUUGUGUUUGGAAAAA